AUGUUGAAAUCUGGCGAGGUGGAUGACGAGAAGUUCCCAAUUGGGGUUUCGCCUGAGUUCAGCAUAAAAUCGUUCACUGUGAUGUCUCCUGUAAGACCAAAGGAUGGAAGCUCAGCUGAAAACGGAAAAUUACGAGAAGCCAUUAAAGGUGAUCCAGUUAGAUACGAAGUAAAAAAGAAGGAAAGUGAAAGAUACCAUGCAAGGAAAGCAGCUGGUAAAAUAGAUGGUGUUGCUCAAAUGAGUGAAAGGGAGGAAAGGCUCAAGAAACUCCUCCAUCAUCUCCACGUCAGCAACUACUUCAAGACAUACCUGACGAAAUUGAAAAUCAGGAUCUUACACCGUGUACUUCCAAGCAAUCCACUACAAGUUGGAAGUCAAAUAUCUGGAAGGAAAACAUUUGUCUUUCCAGAACGAGAUGACAUUGCUUAUAUAGAUGUAUCAGAUAUACAAAUUGCAUUAGGUUGCCCAGACUUCAAUGAGAAAACCAAUGAAGACGUUUUUUCGGAUAGUCUUGAUUACUCAAAUCUGUAUGAGGACCCAAUUAUUAUUAUUGCUUUUAUUUCCUGA